CAAGGGCAUCCAUCGGUGUCUCCAUCUUCGUCGCGCCUCAUCACCGAGUCGCACGUCAGGCUGAAACGCACGCAGACACACACUCGUGUCAUCUCUUCAAGCCGCUGUGUAAAAGAUUGUGCGUGUGUCCUCUACCUGGAGGUCUGCUUCCAGCCUGCGGAGGGCGAGGUGAGGGUGGUGGGGGGACUGCCGAGCGGCAGGGGCGUGAGAGGCGGAUGCUGCGAGCGUAGAGGCUGGGUACCAACCGGGAGCAUCACCGCAACUCACCACGAUGGACAGAAUGCAUUUUCUCUCCCUCUUCCUCCUUUGCUUGACUUCGGUUGCCGAUGGCAACAAAGCCAAUAAGCACAAGCCAUGGAUCGAGACAGAGUACCAGGGGAUUGUCAUGGAGAACGACAACACGGUGCUGCUCAACCCCCCCCUCUUUGCCCUGGACAAAGAUGCUCCGCUUCACUACGCGGGGGAAAUCUGUGGCUUCCGGGUUCAUAACGGCCCCUCGGGUUCCGGCUCGGUCCAGUUUGAAGCUGUGGUUCUGGACCGCUCCACCGGCGAGGGCCUGGUCCGGUCCAAGGAGCCGCUGGACUGCGAGAACCAGCGCGAGCACAGCUUCACCAUCCAGGCCUACGACUGCGGAGAGGGGCCCGAUGGAGUCAACAGCAAGAAAUCCCACAAGGCCACCGUGCAUGUUCGUGUUAACGACGUCAAUGAGUUCUCCCCCGUGUUUGUUGAGCGUCGCUACGAGGCUUCAGUCCCAGAAGGACGUCUGUUUGACCGGAUCGUGCGCGUGGAGGCUCUGGAUGCCGACUGCUCCCCGCAGUACAGCCAGAUCUGCUUCUAUGACAUCAUCACCCCUAAUGUGCCCUUUGCUAUCGACAACGACGGUAACAUCAAGAACACCGAGCCGUUGGACUCAAAGCGUCAACGCGUUUUUACAUUCUGGGUGACCGCCUUUGACUGUGGAAAGAACCGAGCACAAGCUGAUGCCCAGGUUGUCAUCACCGUCAAGCCGUCCUGCAAACCCGGUUGGAUCGGGUGGACAAAGCGUGUGGAGUACACACCCGGGUCCGGCAGCAUCCCCUUGUUCCCCAGCCUGCAUUUGGAGACCUGUGAGGAGACUGUGUGGAACAUCCAGGCCACCGUAGAGCUUCAGACCGGCCACAUCGGGAAGGGCUGUGACAGAGACAGCUACUCCGACAGAUCCGUGCGACGCCUGUGUGGGGCUGUUAGGGGUGAAGUAGAUCUUCUCCCUCCUCCAUCUCCUGCUGCCAACUGGACCUCCGCUCUGCCCACUCUCCCCUCCUCCGACUCCUCUCUGGUCUUCUCCUUCAACGGGUCGAACCACGUCGCCGUGGUGCCGGACUCGGUUGUCUCUGCGUUGUCGGGCGACCACUUCACCCUGCAGCUGUGGAUGCGAAGGGGCGGCGCCAACAUCCAGCCCGCCACCACUCAGAGCAGAGGCAGUCGCAAGGAGGAGGAGACUAUUGUGUGCAGCACUGUCAAGAAUGAUGAUUCCUUCUCCCACUAUUCCCUCUCCGUCCACGGCUGCCGCCUCUCUCUCUUCUACUGGCCCGACGUCUCGGCUGCACGGCCAGUCAAGUUCUUGUGGAAACUGGAGCAGGUGUGUGACAGCGAGUGGCAUCACCUUUCACUCAGCGUCCAGUUCCCCUCCGUGACGUUGUAUGUCGACGGCGUGACCUUUGACCCUGCUCUCAUCCACGACAACGGAGCCAUCCCCAACCCUGCCCCCCGCCAGAGGAUGUUCAUUGGAGCCUCCUGGGAGCCCGAAGAGAAGCAGAAGGAAAUCCUAAACAACACCAUCCCGGAGGGCAAAGACGCAGUGAAAUAUGUGGGAGGUUACCACGGCCUGCUGUCGGGGGUGACGGUGCGUCCCGGCAGCGUGGAGCCUCACAGUGUGGUGGAGUGUCUGUACGCCUGCAGGGAAGGCUUGGACUUCGGAGACCUGGAGACUCUGGGCUCCGGCAUGAAGGUGCAUGUGAACCCCAGCCAGUCAGUGUUGGUGCUGGAGGGAGACGACAUCGAGAGCUUUAACCGUGCAGUGCAGCAGGUCACCUACCGCAACUCUUUACGCUUCGCCACCCCCGGAGUCCGGCCCCUCAAACUAACCACCUCGCUCAGAUGUUUCAACGAGGAGAGCUGCCUGUCCCUCAAGCAGCUGGAAGGAUACCUGGUGGUUCUCCAGCCGGACGCCCCUCAGAUCUCCCUGUCUGGGGUCGGCCCUCAUCUGGCCCGUCCUGCCCCAGAGUUUGAGGGUCCCCGUGGUGUCCCCCUUUUCCCCGAGCUCCGGAUUGUCUGUUCCCUGACUCAUGCCGUCAACACGGCUGCACAAGUGAUGGAGGGAGGUGCCCUGAUGUCCGACGCUGUGGCUCACACUUUGGACGGCUGUGAGGUCCAACCACUGGGGGAGGAGCUAAACCCAGAAAGGGAGGAGCUUCUGGUGGACAUGGAUGUCGUGCGAGAGAGGGGACUGGAAAUCAUCAAUACUACUGCUUACAUUGCUAUCACAGGUGCCGAAUCCAUCUCUGUGUACGAGGACGUCCUCCGCUCAGUCCACUACCGCCUGGCCAAAGGCUCAGCCCGCUUCGAGAGGCGGUUCCGCCUGUCCUGCUCUGAGAUGAAUGGCAGAUACACCAGCAACGAGUUGACUCUGGAGGUGAACUUCCUCCACUCUCUGGACAGUUUGUACCAACCAUCCCAUUUGUUGGCCUCCCAGCAGCAGUUUCUCCACCCUUCCCACCACGCUGGAGAGCUGAGUGGACACACCCUGCCCAAUCCACACCGCAACUCAGUAGUGCCAGGAGCAGCCACAGUCAUCAUAAUGGUGUGUGUGGGUUUCCUGGUUGUCAUGGUGAUCCUCGGCGUUUUCCGAAUUCGCUCCAUCCAUCGCCGCAUUGAGGGUGCCGGCGGCGAGGCCAAGGAGGGUACCAGCCAAUGGGACGACUCUGCCCUCACCAUCAUUGUCAACCCCAUGGAGUCCUAUGAGUCCCGUAUGGGGAUCUCUGCUGACACAGAGGGGGAGGGGGAGGAGGAGGAGGAGGAGGAAGAGGAGGUAGCAGAGUCACCUGAAGACGCUAGCGAUGACCAGCGAAUCAUUAUAAAAAAGGAGGGGAGGGACGGCAACGCCCGCCGCUACUGAGCCACACAAAUCUCCGCACCAGUUCUCAUGGAAACCACCAACCGGCUCACACACUCCACCACUUUUAAUAUCAACAACCGCUGACACUACUAGUAUAAGGAAUGUAUGCUUACAAACACUAGACACAACACAGUCACUGUAAUAACACUUGACACUCAACGCCAUAUGUGACCUAUAGCCGACAACGGGCAGUUGUUCUCCACCUAAAUGUUCAAUGGCACAAUGUAUACAUUUAAUGUAAUUUAACCGCCUGAGCAAACCCCACCAAAAUUGUAUGUGGUGCACCAGUUCUCAAUCACAAGGUGGUUUUGUGUCUGUAUAGUGUAAUAUUGAUUGAAUGACACUGGCUUUGUUUUUAAAAGAAAACGAUUGUACUCUUAUCUUUUGUUAUUGAACCCAGAAUGAAAUCUUCACAAAAUGAAUACGGGAGCAAUCUGCAACACGCAGGCCUUGAAUUGAUGAGUAGACACGAUCCUUGAUCCGACACGUCGCUUAUUAGACUCGGCUCGAGAAGUCUCGCACAAGCUGUUUUCUUCGUCUUUGCAUCGUCUCUCAACACAUUCCUCGCCCGUCGUUAACCACGGAGUGAAGACAGUGAGGUCACUCUGAAAGCUUAAAAAAAAAACCUGUUACGCUUGCAGGUAUUUAUUUUUUUUUUGGUAUUGUGACUAUUUUUAGUGCUGCAGCAAUUUUAAUGUGAGGCUGACGAUAAAAUAAUGUUUUGAGGAGCAUCAACCAUUCACCUCUCUAUUUACGCUAAGUUGGUACUUAGGCAAUACGCUCUACAGUAAACCCGGUCAAAACCCCGACCCCCCCACAGUGACCACUGGAAUGUCUCUCAAUGACUCUCACUGCACUGGUUCACUCACUGCACACUGCUCUUACAAUAACUGCAAGACGUCACAUGCAAUCACACACAAAGACACACACACACACACAUACACACUCCAUAGUGCUACCCCUGCUGUUUCCAGAAUGUCAGCUCAGCUUGGGCAGUUUUGAUUGUAUUGAUUGUAAUGAAUUUUCUGUACAUACAAUGAUGAAUAUUAUAUUGUCGUUAUUACUGUAAUUCUUGCAGCCACUCUUCUUCUGCACAUUUUGAGAGGGAGCAGAUUAUGAUUUACCUUUUCCAUUUGAAGUAUCACCUUUACAGCAUCACAUAACAGUAUGAUAAUGAUACUAAUAAUAAUAGUAGUAGUGAUACGGAUGAUAAUCUUUGGCUUGAGUGUCUUUUAAUUUGUGUGUAAUAUUGUUGUAAUUUAAGGACUCGUCAAUAUCUGAAUCACUGAAAAAGGAAGGCACAUUGUUGUGAUACUUAGAUACGUCUCACUCAUUUAAUCUGUAAUACAUUUCAAAACUGAACCUUUAAUUGCUUUUCUAUUUCCGUCCAUCCGGUAUAUUUGGGUUAAUGAAUGUACAACUGUGUGCUUUUCCUCACCUGCCCUCUCCCUCCCCGUCUUUCUCCCUCACCUCUCCCUCACUCUUCCUCUGUGUCUCUUGGUGUCUGUCUGUGUAGCCUAUCAAUGUGCAGUGCUAAACCUGUCAGUAAAUAAAGCCUGUCGUUUCUGAGUGUGAUGUUAAGAAGGAAUACACAUUGCAUUGAUUAAUAACUUAUAUUAUUACUGUUACUAUAGGAACAUUACCUAUAAUUAUUGAUACAAUGAUGACAUGGAUAAUGCUGACUAAUUGUUAUUGAGAACUGUCAGAAAACAUUGCAAAAUUCAUAAUAAAAACACUAUAUGACCGUC